UGGACAGAACUGUCAGGAAGAUAUUGAUGAAUGCACCACGAAGCCUUGUCAACAUGGAUGCUGCAAGAACAAAGAUGGCGGAUACAAAUGUACCUGCACACCUGGAUGGACUGGACAGAACUGCCAGCAAGCCCUACAGUGUCCUCCGGGGUGGGAGAAAUACAACGACUACUGCUACAUGUUCAGGAGAAAACCAGUCAAGUGGGAUACAGCGAAUAAAAUCUGUAAAGGAAUGGGUGCACAUCUUGCGUCUGUCCACGACAAGAAAGAGAACAACUUCAUUAAAUCGCUCAUCUCCACAGUUCCUAAUACAUUGGUCUGGGUUGGACUAUCGGAUGUACACAAGAAAAUGAAAUGGGCUGAUGGAACACGUGUUUCCUACACCAACUGGGACCCUGGUCAGCCUGACAACUACAUGACAUGGUUUAGCUGGGUUACUGGAGAAGACUGUGGUGGUCUGUACAAUAAGGGCGGCAAAUGGAACGACUCCCGAUGCGACAGGAAAUAUCCCUUUGUGUGCAAGGCUCACGUGACCGGAGUAAACUAAAGAAACCCA